AAUUCUCCAUUAGAAAUUCUUUAUUAUUUUACAAAUAUAUUCUUAACCUAAAACUACAUUCGUAGAUAGAUAUGUCAGUCUUCGCCUAUAUAGUGUUUUUACGCACAUGGUUUGAGGAAAUGGUUCUGCGACUCCACAAAGAUCAAAGACGAUAAAAUAAAAGCGGUUGCCAAGUUAUAUUCACUCGAGACAAAGUCAAUAGUAAGCAUAGUAGGUCGAUCCAUGCCCACCGGUUCAACUCUGAUGAAGAAGAGAUCUCUCUCAAGUAUUCUAGAUCAGCUGUUUCGUUCGUACCAACAAAUCCUAGGAAGGAUUCUCCGUUUCUGGCCUGCUCGAAAAGUUAAAAAAUGUGGGACAACUCAUGGGUGUUGAUUUCCUUCUCAUUGACGAAAAGGCUCCAUUUACGUCACCCACCUUCCUAAAUUCGAACAUGCUCUGCGUGAUCGAGCUAUGUAUAUAAUAUCCGCCUUUGACGUCACUAGAAGCAACACCCAUGUCAAAUUGUCGGAUUUCCACUUUUAUAUACGGUUCACACCAGCCACUUUUUUUGAAGAGGUAGAAGAGUCUUUCUGUGUUAUUCCAAAAGAGUUUUUCCGCUUAAGGACUCAUGAAGAGUUAGUGUCACUGGCGAACACCAAUACGGAGCUCCCAGAUGUCAUGGGCGAAGUAGUUUCCACCAAAACUAAUGGGAUGUCACAAACUUUGGAGAGGAUGUUAGUCCAUCUGCGUCUUGAAAGUGGUCAGAAUGUCCGUCUAAGUGCAUUUGACGACCAAGCAACCUCAUUGGAGAAGGUCUUUAGCAAGAAUGAUGAGGGGACUUAUAUACUCUUAGCGACCAAUAUAAACCCAAAGAUUAUUGCAGAUGAACUUUUUCUUAAUGCUACGUCUGGGACCAAGUUUUAUUCUGAUGGAGACUUGACAACGACACAAGAGUUCGCUGAAAGGUUGAAGGGGAGAGCCAUUUACACAACCAUCACCAAACACAAACAAGGUAAAAGAUGCAGACACUGUUAGAACACGAAACAAAUACUCAACUAAGAGUUCCACAUUUAGUUCCCCACAUAACAUCAAUGUUU